AUGUACAGACCCACCACUAAGAAUGAGUGGUGGUUUUGUGGGACUCUGUUAACGCAACUGCUCCUGGUUGUCAUCUUGGAAAUAUUCAUCCUCGUUCAGUGGAAAUCAUGGGUCCAACCCAAUAUCAUCCAAAUCGCCCCGUCAUACGUGAUACCCGUGGGCAUGGGUAUUGUGGUUUUCGCAUGUAUUUACGAAGUCGGUCUUUCUCUCGAUGCAAUCCACCAUAAAAAUAAUAUUUCCUUGCUUGCCAUAUGCCUCACAAACGUCUGCAUUGUCGUGUAUGCAGUCCUGCAGUACAUUAAAAUGCGAGAUGUUACCUAUUCACUGCAAGGGGCAGCCGACGGGAUGGGCAAUCCCCUCGUCGAUUGGUCUCGGGAUAUCUGGCCAUCAAUGCAACCGGCGGAAGUCACCAUUCAAGCUAUUCUAGCCGCCACUUCGCUCGUUAUCAUACCUGCUGCCUAUCGGCUACACACAGAUUAUGCUUGGGCAAUUUACAAAUGCAUUCAUGGCAGCCCAGAGCUCCGGCUGCGGUAUCUAGCCUACGAGAUCUAUCUGGUCCUAAUUAAAUUCGAUUUCUUUUUCCUCACUGGCUUUAUCAUCCAGUAUGAUCUGAUUGAUGUUCAUUUCAUGGAGCCUGAAUACUCCCUGACAAUGGCGCUCAUUCCCGCUGCAUUAGUGGUGAUGGUCGCCGGCAUCUAUUGUGUAAAAUCGGGGCUCAAGGUGGCCUUGAUGGUUGUUAUCGCAUGCUACCUCGGAUCAAUUGCGUAUCUACUUAGCCGGAUCGUCGUGCUUUGCGGAAACUCACUGCGUGGCAGAACCGCGGGCAGGGAGAUGAUGCUGUUUUUUGCCGCUGUCGCGUUGGUCCUGAUCGUACUGACUGUGGGGUGUGCGGUGCAAUGUAUCCUGAAUCUCAACUACGGGUUAAAGGUCGCUCCAGUUGACAGCCAGGGGCCGCAGAGUUCCCAUGCUUUCCAAACACUUGCUGCACCCAUGAGCCCUUCCUUGGGCGGCGCAUUGGCGCGGAUGUCGAUUGACGCAAAAGUACUUGGUCGUUCGGUCGUUACUGAUGAUCGCUUGUUGGAUUCCAGUGGUGUCUGCCCGGAGCUCUCUCCGAUCGAUUACCCAAGGUGGGAUCCUCGAACGUAUGCAACGUACCGAGCGUCGUACUCAUUGGACCAUGCGUACCGCAUGAACACCUUGGCCACGACCAUUCGCCUUCGGCUCAAUGACACGGAUGUUUCAUGUAUCGCCGCCAAUAUCACCCCGUACAUUGGCUCGACAGCAUCACGCGUCUUGAAGGGGAUCCCGCUACUCGUAAUGAUUCUUACCGGGGUCAUAAACGGCGCCCUCAUGAUCUGUCGGAUCCGUGGACGAAGGAUUUUCCGGUACGAGCUCGCGAAUGCGUCACGAGAUCCAGCGGAGUCUUAUUUCCCGGGGAUGGGGGACUGCUUGCAGUACAUUCAGUUCAUCUUUCUGACUGGAUGUCUGACGCUAUCCUAUCCUGGGUUCUUUCGGGCAUCAGUAGGCGAGCUCGCCUGGUCAUCACUCGUUCUAAAAAACUGGCCCGUAACACAUCAAUUCAUCUACCCCGGUGUUCAGGAUAAUAUUUAUGCCGUAAAUGCAACUUAUGGCUUCGAAGAGAUGGCUCAAUACCUUGGGGCAACCACGAUGAGUGACCUCUGGACCAAUGCCGUCGUCAAUCUCGCCCUACUCAUUCUCGGAGUUGUAGUAACAGCCCAAAUCAUGUGGUUAAUCAAAUGGGCCUGGCAGCUGUUUCCAACCCGCGGCUCAACUCUCAUGAUAGAUCUUCCAAGGGAGUUCUUAGCUCACCUCGAGCACACGGGCUGGAGUGUCGCACGGAUCCUCCUGAACUACUUUCUCCAUCCUAUCGUUGCAUUAUCUCUCUACCAAACACGCCUGGCCACAUGGUUUCCCGUUUAUCGCACAUUUCUCGCCGUGUCCUUCGUUGCAGCUUUGGCCGCAUCGCUGGCAUUUAUAGUUCGGUACCUGGCCAAGGACGACCGACAAAACACAUUCUUCAACAAGGGCUCCUACCCUAGAAACUCGUCCCAAGACUGGCUUUCCGAUGCUUUAUACAUGGUCCCGUUCCUGAGGGGGUUAGCUAUCGGCGCCCUGCAGUCCUCUGGACUCGGUCAGAUACUCGUUCUCAUAUCCUGUGAGAUGUUCAUCUUGGCCUGUCUGCUAUGGAACUGGCGGGAGCAACGGGCCUGGCGACAUGCUUGCUUCGCAACCGCCCGGUUGGUCAUUAUCGGGAUGAGCUGUGCGUUCCUCCCUAGGGCUGGUGUGCGCGAGGGAAACAAAGCCUUAGUAGGGUACUUUAUUAUAUCCCUACACGCCGCCGUCCUGUUCGCCGGAUUCAUCGUCGAUUGCGUCUACGAGUUGGUUCGCUUUGUCUUGUCGAAAAUGGGCAUUAUUGAUCCCCGUCCAGCCGACCUGGAUCAUCACUCCGACAAAGCUCCUGUCUUUGGCAUCGGCCAACUGUCCCGACGCUCAACACGACGCAUGUCCUUCGCACGUCUCCCCGCCCUAAACCCAGCAGAAAUCUCCGUCCCCUACACCCAACGACCCUCCACCCCCCGCCGACCAUCUUUCCUAGGCGAUCUCCCAACCAGAGAUGAAUACUCGUCUUUCUUCCGCGCCCCCAGAUCAGAAACCACCUCCAUCCGCUCAGCAUGGAGUGUUGUCUCUCCCUCGUCGCCAUCUCAAUCCGAAAGUGAAUCCCGCGGAUCCAGCAUGGAAUCGGUGGAAUUGGAGGCUCUUGAUUUGGAAUCUAAAUCGAGUGAAAAUGUGGAUUACACUUAUCGUGAAGCGGAUCAGUAUUAUGGUCGGCCGCCGACUUCUGCGCCUGCUAUUCAGAAUACGGUGCAGAGUCAGGGUGAAUCGUCGAACCAGGGCAAGGAAGAAAAGAAGAGGGGACCUUGGAGGUGGAAAAGGAAGCAGAAGCAGAAGGGGUUUGAAGUUAUUAGACCGAAGCGGACAGUUGCUCACUAA